AUGUGCCCGGUGCCUUGCAACCAGGCCUCCAGUGCAUUUUGCAUCACAGCCUUAUGGCGUUUGGUGGUUUGCAGCUUUCCCGCACUGGAACGGUUGGCCGGGGGGAUUAAGGGGUCUCUGCCGGGGUUGGCGAGCCAGAUCUGGCGCUGCAUCAGCGCCGGCGACGGCCGCGUGCUGGACGGCGCCAGCUCAGCGCUUGCUGACACGCGCGCGCGACGUCAGCAAAAUCUAGGAGAGCUGCGGUCAACCAUCGAAGAGUGGGCGCGCAGCAUGCACCGGCUCGGGGCCGCAGAGCGGGCGCAGGUUGUGGUGCGGAGGGAUCGUCUCUGCGUGGCUUUGAAGGCGGGAAGGCAAUCCGAUCUGCCCAAGGGCAGCGUCACGCUAGCCACAUCCUCGACAGGAGCAACGUUCUACAUGGAUCCGGCCCCAACGGUGCCACUGAACAAUGCGGAGGCCGUGCUUGCGGCGCAGGAGAGAGAGGAGGUCGCGCGAAUUCUGGCGCACCUCUCUGCCGCCGUGGCCGACAACGCCGCACGCAUCUGGCAGGUGCUGGAUGCAGUGACAGCGUUAGACAUAUGCUCCGCCCGUGGCCGCCAUGCGGUGUGGUGCGGCGGCGUGCGGCUGCGCUUCCUUCUGCCCGAAGUGGCUGCCCAGAAUGGCAGCGUUCAGGUGCUGCAGCCGCCGCCGCGGGCCGUGGACUUUACGGUGCCUGCGGGUGUGAGGGUGGUGACCGUAACGGGCCCAAACACAGGCGGCAAGACGGCCUCCCUCAAGGCGCUCGGCCUCGCCGCGCUCAUGCCCAAGGCCGGGCUCUUCCUCCCCCUAGAGCCCACCCCAGGCAAGGGACCUCCCACGCCUUUCGAUGCUCCAGCGGUGGCAUGGUUCGACAUGGUUCUGGCGGACGUGGGGGACGGGCAGAGCUUGCAGCAGAGCCUAUCCACAUUCUCGGGGCACAUCCGCCGAGUGCGCGCCAUCCUGGCAGCCCUCACGCGGCGUUCCCUCGUCCUUUUAGACGAGGCGGGCAGCGGGACGGAUCCUGCGGAGGGAGCGGCUCUGGCGAGCGCACUGCUGGCGGCUCUGGCCGACCGCGCAGCACUCACACUGGCCACAACUCACCACGCCAGCCUCAAGGAUCUCGCGGCAAAUGAUUCCCGCUUCUGCAACGCCGGGGUCGAAUUUGAUCUGGCCUCUCUCCGGCCGACCUAUCGGCUCAUCUGGGGCUCUGUGGGCGCCUCGAACGCUCUGGCCGUCGCUGAGGGGCUCGGCUUUGACCCCCUGGUCGUAGCUGAAGCGCGCAAGGUCUGCCUCCAUUUUCUUGCAUGCAUUGUGCUAUCGGCUUGCCCUGCACACUGUUCGCAUCUGUGUCUGGGCCGCGCCUCUUCAUACACUGUAUAUGUGCUUUCUGCAGGGGUGCCACAUAUUCUUUUGGAAGGCCAGCCAUGCGAACAUCAGUCUAGGAUCACUCAGCUGGACAUCAGAGCGUUAGUGUAUUUCCCUGGAUAG